AGCGGCGCAGGGUGGAGGGGUGCCCACAUCCAAGAUGGCGCCCCAGGGAGCUGGGAGCGGGUGACCGGCGGCGGGGAAGCGGCCUGGGUUGGCCCUCAGAUUGUGGGGUCCAGGGGGCAUCUCCCCCUGGCCCGCCUACAAGACCUUCCCCUGGCCAAAGCAAUGGCCGCCGAGAACAGCAAGCAAUUUUGGAAGAGGAGCGCUAAGCUGCCGGGGAGCAUCCAGCCUGUGUAUGGAGCACAGCAUCCUCCUCUGGAUCCUCGGCUCACCAAAAACUUCAUUAAAGAACGGUCAAAAGUCAACACAGUUCCUCUGAAGAAUAAGAAGGCCUCCAGUUUUCAUGAGUUUGCCCGGAAUACCAGUGAUGCUUGGGACAUUGGCGAUGAUGAGGAAGAGGACUUUUCCUCACCUUCUUUCCAAACUCUGAACUCAAAAGUUGCUUUGGCAACUGCAGCCCAAGUUCUAGAAAAUCACAGCAAGCUGAGGGUAAAACCAGAACGGUCCCAGUCAACAACAUCCGAUGUUCCUGCCAGCUACAAGGUCAUCAAGUCCAGCAGUGACGCCCAGCUAUCCAGAAACUCUAGUGAUACCUGCCUGAGGAACCCACUCCACAAACAGCAGUCACUCCCUCUCCGACCCAUCAUCCCUCUCGUUGCCCGGAUCUCGGACCAGAAUGCUUCUGGGGCCCCCCCAAUGACUGUCCGGGAGAAAACUCGCCUAGAAAAAUUCCGGCAGCUUCUCUCCAGCCACAACACUGACUUAGAUGAACUGAGAAAGUGUAGCUGGCCAGGGGUUCCCAGGGAGGUCCGACCUGUGACCUGGAGACUCCUGUCGGGCUAUCUCCCAGCAAACACCGAGAGGAGGAAGUUGACCCUGCAGCGGAAGCGGGAGGAAUAUUUUGGCUUCAUUGAGCAGUAUUAUGACUCUCGAAAUGAGGAGCAUCACCAGGAUACCUACAGACAGAUUCACAUUGACAUUCCAAGGACGAAUCCUCUCAUUCCAUUGUUCCAGCAACCACUCGUACAGGAGAUCUUUGAAAGAAUUCUAUUUAUUUGGGCCAUCCGACACCCUGCCAGUGGGUAUGUCCAGGGAAUUAAUGACCUGGUCACUCCAUUCUUUGUCGUCUUCCUCUCAGAAUAUGUGGAAGAGGAUGUGGAAAACUUUGACGUGACCAACUUGUCUCAGGACAUGCUGCGAAGCAUUGAGGCCGACAGCUUUUGGUGCAUGAGCAAGCUGCUGGAUGGGAUCCAGGAUAACUACACCUUUGCACAACCAGGGAUCCAGAAGAAGGUCAAGGCACUGGAAGAGCUUGUCAGCCGGAUUGAUGAGCAGGUACAUAAUCACUUCAGGAGGUACGAGGUCGAAUACCUACAGUUUGCCUUUCGCUGGAUGAACAACCUGCUUAUGCGGGAACUUCCUCUUCGCUGCACCAUCCGCCUGUGGGACACAUACCAGUCUGAACCAGAAGGAUUCUCCCACUUUCAUCUCUACGUAUGUGCAGCCUUCUUGAUCAAGUGGAGGAAGGAGAUCUUGGAUGAGGAGGAUUUUCAGGGGCUCCUCAUGCUGCUACAGAACCUGCCUACAAUACACUGGGGCAAUGAAGAGAUUGGACUGCUUCUCGCUGAGGCAUACAGACUCAAGUACAUGUUUGCCGAUGCCCCCAAUCACUACCGCCGAUAGGUGCUGUCUCCCUGUGGGGACCCAGACUGCCCCCAUCUCUGAUGGCAAUCUGAUCACUGUGGCCACUGUGCGAGCCGUGGACGCUGGCCAGGAACCGCUCCUGUUGUACAAAGCUCACACCCGCCACACAGGUCUUAACUUCUUGGCAUCCACCACUCCAUGUCUCUGGAUGUGUUACUUGGACCACUAUCAGUAUUCCAUGCCAUAUGGAUGGGCCCGGUUCUGGGAGAGGACAGAAAAGGUGGUACAGGGUUGUCUGUCCCCUUAAAAGAAACUGGAUGAAACAAGGGGAAGGCUCAGGGUCUCAACUCACAUUGUCCCUACAUGGACUGGCAGUUUCCCACCUCCAGGCGCCAACUGAUAAUGUUGGUUUUUGUGACAUAGUUUGGUUUGAUUACAGGUCAAAAACGCCUUAUGUUUUCAAAAGAUUCCUGGCCCUUCUUCCCUGUCCCUGGUUUCCCAGUCCUUCCCCUUCUGCCCUAGUCUGAGCCAGUAAGGGGCAACUUUUAAAGACCAUUGUUCCAAAUGGAGGAGGCACUGAUGCAUAUAGCUCUGGGAAGAGGCCUACACCCAAGGGCUAGAAUGUUGUCUCUCCUUUCUCACCAGGUGUCUGUAUGUGUGUGUGAGUGUGUGUGUAUACUCGGCAGCAUUUAGUUACAUGUCUGAAUCUCUGUGUCCAGAUUAGCCCCAUUAGACCAGUUGGAAAAGGCCCCAGUGACCAAGUGUACAAGAGUCACUUGAGAAGGAUCAGGGGAGGGGGCGGGGAGGGGAGAAGGGGCUGUUUACUUCUCCAAACCCUUUUCUCAUGAUGACCCACUCCAAGAUAUUAUGUGUAAAUUGUGUUAUUAUGUAUAUGGGUAAAGAUGUAUAAAUAUAUGUCCUCUUUGUAGCAGAUAUGAUUUUAUAUUUAUAAUGUGCAUCAACAUGUGAAAGCAAUCUAGGUCACUAGCACAGAUAAAGUUGCCAAGCAGGUGGCUUUAGAAACUCCAGUUUGGUUCCUGGGCGCCCUCCUUGAGGGGUGUAGAGGGGGCGGCUGCUGGAGGGCAUCUGGCUGAACAGUGGGGCUGCUCGGAAACCCAGUGGCAGCCAGCCUGAUCAUCAGUGUCUCAAGAGUUUUCCUCUCCUCCCCUUUCUUCCCACCCCUUCCCAGGCCUUUCUGGAGCAUCCGCCCUGCUCCUCCCCUCUUCAGCAAACAGAGCACCCCCCUCAUCCCUAGCAGCCUCCCCAGGAAGGGACUGCAGAGGCAGACAAGCCCUCUCCAUAGGUUUUUAGUCCCUGCCUUUUCCCCAGAAUCUGGGGAGGACUUUUGUUUUUAUAUUUUUAAGUCAGCAUUAUAUUCAGGACAGAAGCUGUGACUGACUAUUCAGUGCCAAGGAAAAGGGUUUCCUGUGUGUCCUUGGAGGUUGGGGCUCUUCUCAGAGAGCAGCACUCAUCGUCCCCUACCGUCACCUUCACAGCCACACAGCUCUUGAGAUGUGUGACCCAUGUUCGAUUUUUGGUAUUGGUAGUGGAGGGUGGGGGGAUGGGGGCAAACAGCUGUUGUCCUCUGGGGAAGCCCAGCAGUGUCCCCAGCCGGUGACACCCUUGAGUCUCUUUGCCAAUAAUGCCCCACCACACCUCCCAGGUACGAAUUUGGUUUCUCAUCCAGGUUGUUUCUCAGGCAUUCUUUCUAACCCUUUCCCUCCCCCUUCAGUGUGCCUCAGUAGUCUCCUCCAUAGAGUGAGAGGGCUUGUGACCCUCCCUCAACCAGACGAAUUAAAGAAAGACACUUGUGUUCCCAAGUGGUGGUUUUAUUUUUUUAGUUUUUAUGUUUGUAUGGGAAAUUGUGGAUAAAGUGAAAGAAUUGUAAAUAAAUGGUGUAUUUCCUCCUCCA